UCACUACCUCUUCCUUAACAGAAGUAGCCUAGCGUUUAUUCGCAGUUUACUUUUGUUCCUUCUUUCCAUUGCUGGGAAAGGACUGUAAACAAGAGGGUUAAACCUGUGACUGUCUGCUGGGGUGGGAUUUUGAUUGUCACAUUGUUGAUCUGCAAAGACAUGCAAAAGGGACGAGUCAGGGCAGAGAGUAAGGCCAGAGUGUGUGUGCUGCUGAUCCGCUGCUGAAGAGAACAUCAAAUGGAUAAAGUGGUGGAAUUUGAGCAAGGUAAUGAGGGAGCUUUCCAAGGAGAAAGAAGAAAGAUAAUCCAGCCUUCAUCUUUAAAUGAUCCAAAACUAGUGAAGCUUAAAGAGGUGCUGGUAGAAUGGAUCAACAGCACUCUGAAGCCAGAGCACAUUGUGGUCCAGAAUCUGGAGGAAGAUGUCUAUGAUGGACUUGUGAUUCAUCACCUACUUGGCAGGUUAGGAGGAGUGCAUUUGGCAGUAGAGGAGAUCGCACUAACCAGUGCUGCCCAGAUGUCCAAACUGGAGUUGAUUCUGCAGGUUCUCAACAAGGAGCUAGGGUUUGGUGAUGAAGCAAACAGCAAAGCUAAAUGGAGUGCCAAGCUCAUCCACAGUCGAGACCUUCUGGCAACUCUGCAUCUGAUGGUGGCCAUGGUGAAGCGUUACCAACCUGAACUGGCCCUUCCCCAAAAUGUCAGUGUGGAAGUCGUCAUGUUUGAGGUUAACAAGGGUGGCAUCAAAUCUGACAAGCAGAUCGAAUGCAUCACUUUGCAAAGUGAGGAUACAGAAGGAUCUAAAAACGAUCCCAUAGAUGAACUGCUCAAGCUUGAGGCACACAAAAUUGCCACAGUGGAAAAGGCACUCUUACACUUUAUCAAUAAGAACAUGUCACCAUUAAGGUUGCAGGUGUCUGACAUCGAGAAACAGUUUGCAGAUGGUGUGAUUCUGCUUUUGCUGAUUGGUGAGUUGGAGGGCUUCUUCAUUCCACUCUACGAGUUCUACCUCUCUCCUUCCAGCCACUCAGAGAUGCUUCAUAACGUCACUCUGGCUCUGGAUCUCCUUAAUGACAAAGAAAUACAAGUACAGAAUGUUGACCCAGAAGAUAUUGUGUCCCAAGACGUCCCAGCAACACUGAAAGUACUCUAUGCCUUGUUCAAGAAACACAAGAACAAAUAAUCCUCUACUAUACAUAGCUAAAGCCUCUGAUGAAAAAUGACUGUAAAGGUCAUGGGAUAAGCUUAUAAUCCACCUGGAGCACAGUGUUGUAACUAAUAUACAUUAAGAUAUUGUGAAAGCAGUUCAGACACCGUCUAGUUUUAAUAAAAGUGAGUGAAUACUGGAUCACUUCACUUCAGCACAUCACACGGAUUGGUUGUUGACGGUGACAGCAUGUGACCGCCUCCAUUUCUCCCUCCCUUAUCUUCCCGCACGCUCUCUAAUUGAAUGUUCGACCUUGAGCUUCUCACUCGUCCUUAUUGACAGGAUGCAUUAUAGCGUCUCUCUCGCUCUCGAAUAAAUACAGUUCCAUCAA